UGAGGUAUUAGUUCCCAGCUGCUGUAUAAGCGAGUGUGUCUCUAUACGCUCGAUAUUUCUCUCUGUUACUCGGUUAAAAAUGCCUAAAAGUUGAUAGUAGUCGUCAAAACGGAUUUCGGUUAUAUCACUGAACGGAGUUAAGUUUGUGUCGUGCGAGUUUUUGUUCAGGAAAAGUUGAGGAGAAAGUUGGAAAAACAAUUAACAGCGUCCGUGCUGGAGCAGGAUGAGCAGAGCUCUCACCAUGCAGUACACGGUUUGCCUCAUCAUCCUGGUCCUGAGCGUGGUUAGCGCAGGGGCUGCGGAGCCCGGGGUCUACCUGAACCAGACAGCCAGGCAGCUGAGCUGUAAGGAAAAUGAAGAGUAUCCAUACAAGGGCUUCUGCUGCAAGAACUGUGAGGCCGGCACCUUCGUGAGGGAGAAGUGCACUGCGGAUCAGGAGAAGGGAAUCUGUGAACAAUGCAAGGCAGGCACCUAUGCCGAGCACCCAACAGGCAUGGAGCAGUGUCUUCAGUGCAGCCAGUGCCAUGCAGAUCAGAAGAUGACCAAGAAUUGCACGCACAUGCACAACACUCAGUGCGAGUGCAAGCCCGGCCUCUUCUGCCUCCCCGACCAGCCCUGCGAAGUGUGUAAGAAGUGCACUAAGUGCAAAGCAGAUGAAAUCGAGGAGCAAAAAUGCACUCCAACGUCCAACACGAAGUGUAAAAAACGCCAGUCUCCGCUCAACCCGACAGAGCCACCUACAGUCAUACCUGAAGCAGAAGACGCAGGUCACACAGGCACUUUGGUGAUUGUAUUUGUAGUGCUGUUUUUUCUUGCUCUCUUGGUGGUGAGCGCGCUUGUUUGGAAGUGGAGGAGGCAUCACUGUGUUACACAAGAAAGCACUGUGGCUCAAAAUGAUGAAGUGAAGAUUCCAAUAGACGACCCGUCAUCGGAGGAGCGGCAGAACUGCCGUAACGCGGGACUGGAAGAGGCGGAGCUGCCCCCUCACGAAUUCCGCCCCCUGUUGCAGGAGACGCAGGGCCACGGAAAAAGCGUCCCCGUGGAGGACGAAGACAGAGGACUGGGGGACAGCCUGCCAAACACCACCAGCUCCUCGCAGACCAGCUUAUCAGCGCUGCCAGUCACCGCAGUACCGUCCACAGCGGCCAAUAGUGAGAUGGAGGCGGAGUCAUGGGCCAGGGAUGAUGGCACGACCAAAAGACUUGUUCCAUUACUUGGUGAAGAGGUGUCCCUAAGCAAGAGCUUCGACCUGUUCGACGAGCUGAACGUGCGCAUCCACAACAAAUUCUUCCGCAGCAUCGGCGUCAGCGACAACGCCAUCAAGCUGGCCGAGUCGCAGUCCAACGGAGACAAAGUGUACGACCUGCUGCGCAACUGGAUGCAGCGCGAGGGCCUGCGCGCCAACAUCAACUACCUUCUGCAGGCGCUGCUGGACCUCGACCAGCGCUACUCCGCCGAGCAGAUCGCCUCCCGCGCCGUCGAGCGCGGCUACUACAAAUACGAGUGACUUUAAGACUAAAAAAAAAGAGUAAAAUGGUCAGAUUAUAGAGAAACUCGUAUAACUUAAAAACGGAAACGAUUCAUUCUGGCUUUCUUUGUGUUUUAAAGCCAGGAAUGGACGGUUGGUGCAAACGAGCCGUUUAAACAAAGAAAAAAAGAAAAAGAAUUGAACAAACUUGUGAACAGUAACAAGCUUGGUGUUAAACCAGUCGGUAGAGGAGGUCGUUUCUGUUUUCUGUUCAGCACACUAGCUACAAAGACGGCCUUCCUCGUCGUCUUCCUCUACCACGGCUUUUUACAGAGCCGGCACUGGACUAGAACGAUUCUUCUGGUGAAAACACGUUUUACAAACUGUAACAUUAAGGAUAAAAGUGUUACAGGAAUUCUAGAGAAGCCGGACGGAUGUGGACAGACGUUCUCAUUGUGUCGAGGCGUCCGUCUGCGCUCGCUAUACCCCGUUUUUGUAACAAAGGGCUACGAAUUCAAAUCAGUAUCGUGGAGCACAGUCGAAGGAGAAUUUGGCCCGUCAGACCGACAGGGUGCUAGAAUUAUUUGUAGCGACUUUUUUUAUUUGGCAUUUUAAGCCAACACUGGACUCGGCGAAGACUAGCAUCGACGCGCGUGCCUUCGCCUCAUCGUGCACUGGCCUCAGGCUCUUUUUUUUAAUAAACGGCAGGUCGAUCCGAAGCCUGUUGAACUUCGGUGCACUCGUAGCUGUAGGAAUAGAAUCAAACAUGUUUAGUUUUGACUAGAUUUACAGGUUACACUACAUGCUAAUACGAUUUUACUACGUAGAAAGGAAGGGCAGCAUGGGACGGGAGUCAAGAAACAUUUAGGAUCAAAGGUCGGGUUCUGCUGUAUUUAACAGCAUAUAGGUUUUAGACAUGUUUUGUAACAAGCGGAAUGAAUUCUUGUUCUCAAUUUGUCUUUCGACGGAGCCUGAAGGUCUUUAGUCACAUGAUCAUAGCACUCAUUUUCAUUUCCUUUAUUUAUGUCCAGUUUGUGUAUUUAUUAUUGUAGUGUUGUCAUAAUUUAUACCUGGCUUUUUUUUUUUUACACAUUUCUUUAGUUAUGUAUAGGUUUUUGAUCCAAAACACCAAACAAACCCACCCACCAAUACGAUUUGUGACCACAGCCUUCUAACCAUGGAUGUGCUGGUACGUGUGGUCUUGGACUUUUUUCCUUCGGCUCUUGUAUAAAAUAUAUAUAUAUAUAUGAAGGUCAUUUCUGCUCGGUUAGACUUCUGUUGCAUUGAUUUGCCCAAGCUGUACAUAAUAAGAGAGGAAGCCAAAAAUAUAGUGCCAAAAAGGCAUAUAUAUAUAUAUAAUGUAAACAAACUAGAUGAAGCAGAAUAAGAAUAGUGACGUUCUACAGACUGAAGGAACAACUUGAUUUUAGAAUCAUCAUUUAUAAGGCGACAGUUUCUAUGAAGCCUGUAUUAGUCGUCCUGAACAGGUGGUUUUAAACACUAAACUCUAAAUUAAUGCAUCUUUAUAACUUGUACCUUUGUUAAAAAUACCAGGAUGUUCAUGAACCGCUUUAUCCCGGUCAGGGUUGAGCUUGGUAAAAGGCAGAAGUACACUGAACUGAGUGCCAAUCCAUCACAGGGCUUCAGCCAUUCCAACCCCCUCCACCAGGAAUAGCCAAUCAUGUCUGUGUAGAUGCCUGGCUGGUCGAUAGCACCGUUAAGAUUCUAACCUAGAUUUUAUCGGUGGUGGCCAAGUGAAAAUACCCCAAUGUCCUUAUGCAAUGCCAUAGUCGCAGACUGACUUAGUUAUCUGCUAACACAGUGUUGGCUUGCUUAGGUCUGGGUGAUUAGUUUCAUACGAGCCAAAUGUCUCGUUGUGUAGAUUGACGCACUGUAGCGCCAAAUCGCAGUCAAGACAGUAGACCAACUUGUGCUCAUAAUGAAUUUUGACAGUUUGUGCCAGCAAAAGGGCAACACAGUGGCUCAAUGGGUAGCACUGUUGGCUUCCAGCUAGAAAGGCAUGGGUUCGAUUCCUAGGUGGAGUUUGCAUAUUCUCCCCAUGUCUGCGUGGGUUUCCUCCGGGAGCCCCGGUCUCCUCCUACAGUCCAAAGACGUGCAAGUGAGGUGAAUUAGAGAUGACAUGACUGUGUUUGACGUUAAAAGACUUGAACUGACGAAAUUUGCCAGCAAAAGCAAAAUAAUCAAGCGCUUUAUCCCGGUCAGGGUUGUGACAGGUCCAGUUUUAGCGAUAGGGAGGAAUCCAUCGCUGGGUUUCGUAUCCGCCCUUUAUAUGCUUGCUAUUUAUGACUGCUCUACAUGGACAAGUCAAAUUUUAAUAUCGGAUGAAAAUGUCACUAUUAAACUGUGAUGAUGAAUGUGGUCCAAAAACCCGGUCAAUUCUGGACCAAGUUCAGAGGAACUUUAAUGCCGAUUUGACACUGAUGCAUUAAAAAGACAUUAAAAUGAUUUUAAUAGGCUUCAGAGAAACCUAAAAUAUGAAUUUGAGUUUAAUGCAGAUCUUUUAGACCUCCAGGUGCUCGUGUGCUCGAGGUGAAUGAACUUUGACUCAGCUGUAUGGGCGUAGCGACAUGGCUGUAUAUUUUAAUCUACGGCUCCGUUUAUAGACUCUAGUUAGAAUCUGAAAGGUUUGUGACUGUGUUAGGAAUAAAGAGAAAAGAAGAAGUUUAGUAUGUUCAGUGUUCAUACAGCUAUAGUACCAGUGCUGGCACUGCCAUCUAGUGUUUUUGAUAUCUUAUUACAAGAUGCAGAAAUAUACUUGGGUCCAAAAAGUCCAGGUUCACUACCAAGUUCUAUUCUGAUUUGUUUGAUCUUUCUUCCCUCUUGUGAAUUCGAAUAAUGCAUUUCUGACUGAAAGCAGGAGGGACUAGAACAUUCUACAUCUCGGGACGUUUUAAUUGCAACAAAAGCAAUCAGUAAAAUACAAAGAGCUUGGUAGUGGACUGAAUUUCAAGAGACCUUGUUUGUCCUUUUGUACUUUCAUGCCUGUACAGAGUUUUCUUUACAUCUUUUGUAGAUCUGCUUUAUUUUCUGUCCCUCACACUUUUUAACAGCUGUUUUUCUACACUAGCUCCUCCAACUCGCGCUCUUGUAGAUUAGAUGUUAAUAUAUGUUCCACCUUAAACGUUAUUUGCUUCGAAACAGUUGUAAAGUAUUGUAAUGUAAAUGAAAAUGUAUUUGACAAACGUUUUCUUUUUUAAAUACAUUUUUCGUAAAUA